UGAUCGUGAUCUGGUAGUGCUAUCUGCCGACAAGGUAAAUGCAGCAAACAUCAUGGAUACCUUGAAGUACGAGGAUAAAAUGACCAACUUCCUUUCUGACGAGUCGACAUACAGAUUGCUUGAAAAGGAUCCCACCCCAUGUCCCCAAGAUACAUAAACCUGACAUACUUCUGUGGCCGAUUGUUUUGUUUUAUUC